CAAAAGUAGAACAAUCAACUUCACGGGCUAGCGAAGAAUUAAAUGUUAUCGCACACAAGGCCACUCAGCGGGCUGAACAAUUGAAAUGCAUUUAACGAGCUAGCAGAUGUGUCGAUAUUUGUUCGGCCACAAUUGGUGACUUGGUAGAUUUAUUUAAAGAAAAGCACAGGGAAAGCCACAAGCAAGUCAGCUUAAAUAAAAAUGCGCUCGCUGACAGGGGCCUUCGGGCCUUCGGGCCACCUCAUUCCGCUGCAUGUUGAGCCUGAGAAGAGAGGGCACCUCAGUGCGCAGGUCCGUGAAGGGCGCAAAUGGCGACGGCACCGAAUUCAUCGGCAUCGUCCGUCGUCCAAUUUUUUGCGUUAGAAACAAACGUGAGGCGAAGACGAACACGUAAAGCGGCGCGUGACGCAUACGCAGAGCAACUGUGGAAAAGGAAAUAUACAUGUGUAUGUGUAGAUAUUAUUUUAAAUUAUAGCACUUGCACAUACAUUAUACACAUUCAUACAUACAGUGUGGUAAAUAAGUGUCUGUUGCAAUUGUGCUCGAUUGUCUUUAGAUCGAUAACAGGGCGCCUAAAGUGAUGUCUACGUUAUAUUCAAAAUUUCUAUGAACGCAAACUCAAUUCUCGUCUUAAAAUUAACGCGAACUAUUAAGUGUGUUUGUGUAUUUUGUGUUUACAUAACUCGUCUUAAAGCAAACGAAGCAACUAAAAUAACGACAACAACAACAACAACUGAAUAAAAAAAGAAGAAAAAAUAAACGAGAAGAGUAUCAACAAAUUUGAGAAAGCAGCAGCAAUAACAACUGAAACAGCCACAUUGGAGUGUCGUAUGUAAUUUAUAAGAAAUAAAAGCAGAAUAUAUAAUAUAAUUAUACAAAAGUGUACACGUUAACAACUGAAAUCCUAAUAUAUUAAAAUACAAUAUAAAGAAUACAAGAACAGCAUAUAUACUAGUUAAUAUAGCCCCGCACUCAAUUAAUUGCAGCUGUAUGCACGACUCCUUGCAGAAAGAAGGACUACACGAUCAUAUACCUAUAGUAUAUUUAGAGGCUUGACUAAAAGUUUGAAAACUUAUAAUUAUAAUUGUAAGUCGCCCGACCGCAUAUGCGUCAGCUUGUUAGCGUGUGUAUAUGUGUGUCUGUGUGAAUAACGAUCAUUAGAGCCAAAGGAUUCUUCAACAUCAAAGUAAGCAGCCUCCAGAAAGCUGUUUUAGUUCAGAUGCCAAUUGCGGAAUCGCUCAUAUAGAAGUAUCCGUAUUCGUUUGAUCGAUCGUUCGCUCUGAAAGGCUCUGACAAGAAACGAAGGCUCAUUUGCCAAACAUUGAGAAAUUUUUUCAAAGAAGCGGAUCAAUCAAAAUAAUUGCAAACUUAAAGCAAACGGAAACAAAAAGCAAAUACUAAGGCAAUCAUCACUUAAAGUCGAAGACUAUUCUUUAAACAAUUCAAACAAAAGCCAGCAACAUUCAAUUAAAAAUGGCCGAAGACGCUGCCAUGGAGACAUGUCCAAGUCCUGAGAUGGGCGACUCACGCAAAAGGCCGCUCGAUUCCGAUCCGGAAAAUGAACAAACUAAACGCUCACAUUUCAGUUCCGGUGAGUCAGUUUGUUCUGGAAUUGAGGUUGAAAUUGAAAAUAAUAACAAUAAUCAUAAUCAUCAUGGCGAUACCACAUUUCACAUGAAGAUACUUGUGCCUGCGGUGGCCUCCGGGGCCAUUAUUGGCAAGGGGGGCGAGACGAUCGCCUCGCUGCAAAAGGACACGGGUGCUAGAGUCAAAAUGUCCAAGUCUCACGAUUUUUAUCCAGGUACUACUGAGCGCGUCUGCCUAAUCACCGGCUCUGUGGAAGGCAUCAUGACUGUGGUGGACUUUAUAAUGGACAAAAUAAGGGAGAAGCCCGACUUGACUACAAAAAUCAUAGAUGCCGAGUCUAAGCAGGCACAGGAACGUGAUAAGCAAGUUAAAAUACUGGUGCCCAAUUCGACCGCCGGCAUGAUCAUUGGCAAGGGCGGCGCCUUCAUUAAGCAAAUAAAGGAGGAAAGUGGUUCCUAUGUCCAGAUUUCGCAAAAGCCAAAGGAUGUAUCACUGCAGGAGCGUUGUAUUACCAUUAUCGGCGACAAGGAAAAUAACAAGAACGCCUGCAAAAUGAUACUCUCCAAAAUAGUGGAGGAUCCGCAGUCGGGCACAUGUCUGAACGUGUCCUACGCCGACGUUAAUGGCCCCGUUGCUAACUUCAAUCCAACCGGUUCGCCCUAUGCCACCAAUCAGAAUGCCAUCAACUCAAGCACCGCCUCACUGAAUUCUACGAUAGGCACGGCCAUCGGCGGUGCGGGUACUGCAACCAGUCUGUUGGUCAAUGGCGCAGGCAUUAAUCUAUCCCUCAACCUGGGCUCACCUAACCCAGCGCCCAAUCUGGCAGUUGCCACACAAUUGCUUGAGCACAUUAAGGUUGCCAUGCGAGGUGCUGGUUAUGCGGAGACCGCCACCACUGACGUCUGCGCGGCCCUCGGUGUGCUAGCGAAGUACGGCGUGCUGGGCAUGGGUCUGGGCGUACCACACGCCAAUGGCGCACAUCCCACACUGGGCAACUAUUUGGGCGUGACGACGCUAGAUCAGCAAACUGCGGCCGCGGCUACGGCGGCCACAGCGAGCAAUGUUUUUGGCGCUGUCGGUCAGGUUAACUUUGAGUAUGCUGCCGCGGCGGCUGCUGCUGCGGCGGCCAGUCGGCCAACGCAGUCUCAGCUGGAGGUGCAAUUUGAUUCAUUCCGCCAUAUGGGCUCGGCCACUGCGCCAGCGGCCACGCCCGUUUCGCUAAACAACAACAGCUUUGGACUGACCGCUGCCACCGGUACGGUGACCAGCGCGCAACUGGGAGCUGCCGCUUCGAUAGGCGGUCUUAGCAAGAGCCCCACUCCUGGUGAUUUGGGUGCCAAGGAUACCAAGAACGUUGAGGUGCCCGAAGUGAUUAUUGGCGCUGUUUUAGGUCCGAACGGUCGUAGUUUAGUUGAAAUUCAACAUGUCUCUGGCGCGAAUGUGCAAAUUUCCAAAAAGGGCAUAUUCGCACCUGGCACUAGAAAUCGCAUUGUAACCAUAACUGGUCAGCCGAGUGCCAUUGCCAAAGCGCAGUAUCUAAUUGAACAAAAAAUCAACGAGGAGGAGACAAAGAGGGCGCGUCAAAUUCCAUUAACCACUGUUGUGAAUUAAUAAUCAAGCAAUCAAGCAAGCAGCACAACAACAAAAAACAACAACAACAAACAACUAUCCCCUAUUAAAACGCAUUUCCUCAAAGAACGGUUCAUUUAUAAAAAGAAAAAAAAAACAACUAACAAACAAAAACAAAAAACAAAACAACAAAUGCAAAGAAAACUAAAGGAAGAGUAAGCCCAAAACACAAUAAAUUAAAAAAAAAAAGGAAAAAAGAAGCUAAUUUACAACAAAUAACAACAGCAGUAGCCAUAAAAACAACAACACACAUCCACACACAAGCACAUACACAUUUAAAAAGGCAUUAGCAAUGCGUUUUAACUAUUGCUAAAAAGAUUAGUAAGAGAAUCCCAGAGAAAUGAAUUCGAACCCUUAGCAAAUUUGAUUUGACAAAAAAAGAAACUACCUUUUAUCGUAAUGCUGAAUUUGUUUGCCACACUAUUUAAAUUUGACCAAGGUAUUGCGAGAUACACCUGGGCUGAUAUUUCGCCUGCCUUUUUUUGUUGUUGUCAUAUGUUGCGUGUUCUCUUUUGGGCACUCUGAUAAACUAAAUCCCAUCAGAUGUAUACAUAAAUAUAUAUUGAGUUAUAUUCACAUAUAUAUUUAUAUAUUCAUAAGUUUGCUGCGCUUACAUAUAGAAAGGCAUGUAUGUAUAUGUAUGCACAUAUGUACAUAUAUGCACUUUAUACACUAAUUGUUGACUCGUGUUCAUAUUACAGAAAAUACAUGACACGACACACACACACACACACACACACACACACACAUUUAUGCAUAAUACACCAAUACACACAUAAACAAUUGAAACGAGUAAAUUAGCAUUAUGUUGAGACUAAAAUGGAUAUGUUUGUGUAAUGAGAGCGUUUUCAGUGAAAACUUCAGGUGAUUUUCCAAAAUGGUGUCCAAAUAAGGUAAAUAUUUUACUACACACAUUCACAUGCAUAUGUACAUAUGUAUAUGCUAUAAAAUAUAUACAACAAAUACACCUAAAACAAACAAAAAAUGAACGCUUGACAGGCUAGUGAUAACUAUUUGAAACACUUUUUACCUCAAAGACAAAACCUUUUGCGUUUCUUGUUUUCUGUUUCUGUUUCUGUUUCUGUUUUCUGUUGUUGCCCUUUUGUGCUUAUUGCUAUGUUUAUAUAUUUGUAUAUAUACACACACACAUGUUUCUUAAAUAUUACGUUUUUAGCCCUUAAUAUUCUAUUAUGAUAUUGUUAAAAUGUUGAUCAUGAUAAUGUUGUUUAAUUUUCGAAAGAGUGGUACAAAAUAUACCAAACAAGUGGUGUUAAUGUUUUGAGCGCGCACGUGAGUCUCCUUUUUGAUAUUGGUUUUAUGCUCCUAAUUUGUUAAUCCUCAUAUAUUUUACAUGUCUGUUUCGUAAGAAACCAAUUGCGACUUUAAGUCCCUUGUUUCUAUAUCUAAAGAUUAUAUAUAAACAAAUAAAUAUAUAUAUAUUUAUAUAAAUAUAUGUAUAUAUAUAUCUAUAUAUAUCUAUUUUUUUCGGCCCCAAUGAAACCGUUUGGCAUUUCGUUACAAUCAUCAUACUUAUAUUCUGUUUUUGGAAAGGUUUCCACCAUUUUAUUUUCAUGCAUACAUUUUAAUCUUAAGUAUUACCUAUUCUCUUUUUCGCCUAAUGCAUCACAAUUAACUUUAUCUUAAAAUAUAAAUCAAUGUCUCUGUAAAAUAAACAUAUCCACACACACACACACACGCAAAAGCGCGCCACCUUAUAGGCCAAAAGAUACCACUAUUAAAUCUUAAGUAUUGUGCAAUUAUUACCCGUUAAUUUGGUUACAUUUGAACUCGUUGUACUUUUUAUACAUUCAUAUUAUAUAGACAAGAAUAGAACAUUGCAAAGCAGAGUUAUUUUGACAUCACAUUUGAACUUGUUUUAUUAUGGAAACCCCCAUACAACAUACGAAUGCAUGGAUAUAUAUAUGAUUUAUCUGUAAUGAAAAAUAUUGUUUUACUUUCGCCCCCACAUUAUUUACUCUAAAGUUUAAUUUUAUUAAUAAAACAAAUAUAAAUAUACAAAUUUUAAAUAAAACAUUGCCAAAAACGAAAUCAACCAACAUUGUAUUGUGUUUAAUUGAGAGCACCCGGCACAUGGCGCAUAAAUCACCUAUCACAACCACAGCUCCACUAACAGCGUACUCUAAACAAUUCUGCAACAUUAUCAUGUCAAAUCAACAGUCAGUCAGUCAGUCAGUCAGUCAAUCAAUCAAUCUCUCAGCUCAGCUCUAUAUAAGUUUAAACUUCAGUUCAGUUCAACACAACAAUAAUAUCACUGAAAACGCUCAAGAAUAAAAGAAAACCGAUUCUAAGCUAAGUUUAUCAAAAUAAGUUGAAAAGUUGUUCACUUUAUUAUUGUAUUUUUUAUUUUUGCUAUUAUUGUUAAAGCUUACCUUCAUUUGUUCUUAUUUGUGCAAUAUUUAUAUAAAUAUUAUAAGAAUAAUAAUAAAUAUGCGCCAAAAGAGUUAAAUAGUUACAAUAUUCGUAAAAA